AUCCAAAGGAAUGGAGAUUGUCUCAGGCACGUUAUGUAUGGCCGUCCAAUCAUCGUCUCGUAUCGCCUGUCGGAUUUUAAUUGCAAUGAAUGUUUCACAAUCCAUGGCUCAUCAAACAUCAAUUUCUGGAGAACUAUUUUAAUCCUUCCCGAAUCCGAAGAUCUUUCGAUCUAGAAAGUCUCGGGGGAUAUUAACAAACAACAACCUUCCAGAGGGUAGUGACUGACCUGCAGCCAAUUCGACAUGCCUUCGACGGACAUUAUACAUCAUUUUCUGAGUAUCUGGGCUGCAGCAGGACACGGAAGAUCAAUCUGAUUGCUCUGAGACCUGCGCAGUCUCUAUCAACUUUCCAUGUUCGCGACAAUAAUCGUGCUGAGUUUACCUUCCGGGAUAUUUUCAUCCGUCAUACUCAGUCAGAAUGUUCUAAUGAAAAACAAAAGAAAAGAAGAGAAGGAAAGGAUUAAGGUUCGUGAAUCAUUGCCCUUUCCAUUGCAGAUGAUGAUUGGACAUGCGAUCUUUCUCACCCUCUACGCUCCUUAUCGUCACUUCCCCUAAUAUUAUAACUCCCAUAAUUUCUUCAAGGUUCAUCCAUCUCCAAUGCUGACACAUAUUGCAUUGGAUCUAUCGAAGUUACUCUCUUUCUUUCUUCUUUUUUUUUUUUUUU